UAAACAUAAUGAGUUUUGUUUAAGCACGCGUUUAAAUUAUCCGCUAUUUUUGUAGUUCUGUGAAAUUUUGUGAAUUUUUGUGAAAUUUUAUUAAAAAACGUGUAAUAAAAAAGAAAAAUGCCUAAAGAGCAGUUUCGUGAAGCAGAUGUGAUAAAAAAAAUAUCACAUGUGCAAUUUAGCAUUAGCAGUCCAGAGGAGAUACAGCAGGAGUCUCACUUGCGUAUUGUUUCGAAAAAUCUCUACCAGGCACAACGGCAACCGGUGCCCUAUGGUGUUUUGGAUAGGCGCAUGGGUGUCAGCAGCAAAGAUUCCAGCUGUGAGACUUGUGGUCAGGGUUUAAACGAGUGCAUAGGCCAUUUUGGUUAUUUGGAUUUAUCAUUGCCAGUGUUUCAUAUUGGUCAUUUUCGUUCCACCAUUAAUAUAUUGCAAAUGAUUUGUAAAUCCUGUUCUCAUGUUAUGCUCAAGGAGUCCGAGAAGAAAAUCUUUGAGAAAAAGUUGUUAAAUCCUAAUUUUUCAUAUCUGGCUAAAAAGGCUUUACAUGGUCAGAUCCUUACCAAGGCUAAGAAACAAACAAAAUGUCCCAAUUGUGAGGCUAUAAAUGGUGGUGUGAAAAAAGGUCCGGGUUUGUUAAAGAUAUUACAUGAUCCCUAUAAGGGUAAGAAACAGGAUGCUUUAAUGAAUAAAGAUUUGGAUGAACUGCUAGCAGCUACGGAUAAUAAUCGUGAAUUAAAUCAAAUGUUGCCUAGUUACAAUCAUAUGGAAGAAUUAAAUCCUUUAACGGUAUUGGAGCUAUUCAAAAGUAUACCCAAACGUGAUAUUCCUCUAUUGGGUAUGACUUGUGAGGGAGCUAAUCCCUCUAAUCUAAUAGUGACUAGAGUAUUUGUGCCUCCAGUAUGCAUAAGACCUUCCGUGGUGUCGGAAGUUAAGGCCGGAACCACUGAAGAUGACUUGACCAUGAAACAAAGUGAAAUUUUACUUAUCAAUGAUGUCAUACAAAAACACAUGACGGGAGGCGGUAAAAUUGAGCUUAUACAAGAGGAUUGGGACUUUCUGCAGCUGCAUGUGGCACUUUAUUUUCACAGUGAAAUUUCUGGUAUUCCUCUCAAUAUGGCUCCCAAAAAAACCACUCGCGGUUUAGUGCAACGUCUUAAGGGCAAACAGGGUCGUUUUCGCGGUAAUCUUUCGGGUAAACGUGUUGAUUUUUCGGGUCGUACCGUCAUAUCCCCUGAUCCCAAUCUUAUGAUACAUCAAGUGGGUGUACCAGAAAGAGUAGCUAAAAUUUUAACUUAUCCCGAGCGUGUUAAUCCUGCUAAUAUACAAAAAAUGAAAGAAUUAGUUAAAAAUGGUCCCAAUUUCCAUCCAGGAGCCAAUUAUGUACAACAAAGAGGUUCUACUUUUAAAAAAUACCUAGCCUAUGGUAAUCGUGAUAAGGUGGCUCAUGAUUUAAAGUGUGGCGAUAUUGUGGAACGUCAUUUAUGUGAUGGUGAUAUAGUUUUAUUCAAUCGUCAGCCCUCUUUGCAUAAAAUGUCCAUUAUGUGUCAUCAGGCCAAAGUGCAGCCACAAAGAACUUUUCGUUUUAAUGAGUGUGCUUGUACUCCAUAUAAUGCUGAUUUUGAUGGUGAUGAAAUGAAUUUACAUUUGCCCCAGACUGAGGAGGCUAGAGCAGAGGCCUUAAUAUUGAUGGGCAACAAAUCUAACUUGGUGACACCCAAAAAUGGUGAAAUUCUUAUAGCAGCCACACAAGAUUUCAUUACGGGCGGUUAUUUGCUAACACAAAAAGAUGAAUUUCUAACAAGGGAACAGGCUAUGCAAUUGGCAGCUUGCUUUUUGGCUGGUCCCGAUGCCAAUAUGCAUAUUGAUAUGCCUCCACCAGCCAUACUCAAGCCACGUAAACUUUGGACUGGCAAACAAAUUUUCAGUUUACUGCUUAAGCCCAAUAAAAAAUGUCCCGUUAAAGUGAAUUUAAUCACUAAAGGCAGAAAUUAUACCGGCAAUUACGAUUUAUGUGCUAAAGAUUCAUGGGUUAUUAUACGCAACUCUGAAUUGAUAUGCGGUUCCAUGGAUAAAAGUACCAUGGGUUCGGGUACGAAAAAUUGUAUCUUCUAUGUUAUAUUGAGGGAUUUUGGUGAAAAUUUUGCCACCAAAUGCAUGUGGAGAUUAGCUAGGAUCGCUUCAUAUUUUAUACAAAAUCGUGGUUUUUCUUUUGGCAUUAGUGAUGUAACACCCAGUGCACGUUUGUUAGAGGAAAAACAAAAACUCUUGGAAAAAGGUUAUGCGAAAUGUGAUGAAUAUAUUUUGGAAAUGAAAAAGGGCACGUUACAAUGUCAACCGGGUUGUACACCCGAACAGACUUUGGAGGCGGUUAUGUUGCGAGAACUUUCCACUAUACGUGAACAGGCGGCGAAAGUUUGUUUCCGUGAAUUGCAUCCUACAAAUAGUGCUUUGAUAAUGGCUUUAUCCGGCUCAAAAGGUUCCAAUAUUAAUAUAUCCCAAAUGAUUGCUUGUGUAGGACAACAGGCUAUUAAUGGCAAACGUGUACCGAAUGGUUUUGAAAAUCGUGCUCUACCACAUUUUGAGAAAUUUUCCGCCAUACCCGCCGCCAGAGGUUUCGUGCAAAAUAGUUUCUUUUCUGGUUUAACACCCACCGAAUUCUUUUUUCACACUAUGGCCGGCAGAGAAGGUCUGGUAGAUACUGCUGUUAAAACUGCCGAAACUGGUUAUUUACAAAGACGUUUGGUGAAGUGCUUGGAAGAUUUGGUGGUCCACUAUGAUGGCUCUGUACGCAAUGCUAUUGGUGAAAUUGUUGAACUUAUUUAUGGUGGUGAUGGUUUAGAUCCGGUCUUUAUGGAGGUUAAAAAUAAACCUGUUGAUAUGGUUAGACAAUUGAAUCAUUUAAGAGCUGUACAUCCUUUCCGCGAAGAAGAACCUUUACCCGCCUCAGAAAUUGUAAAUAAAACCAAAGACAUUUUAAAAGAGGAAGAGUUUACAAUGAGUCGCAAAGAUUUCCAAAAUGAAGUUGUCAAUUUUAUCGAAAAAGUAGCCGAAAAAAUCACCAAAGUUCAAGAAAAGUACCGUCAACAUCCCAAAUUAGGACAUGAAGUCGAACGUCUUUCCGAAGGACAAAUACGCACUUUUAUGCGUUGGGUUAAUGAUAAAUACAACAGAGCUGUGACAGAACCCGGUACAGCAGUAGGUGCUGUAGCGGCUCAAAGUAUUGGUGAACCCGGUACACAGAUGACACUGAAAACUUUCCAUUUUGCUGGUGUAGCUUCCAUGAACAUUACACAAGGUGUGCCACGUAUUGUGGAAAUUAUUAAUGCCACUAAAACCAUAUCCACACCAGUAAUAACAGCAGAAAUUGUAAAUAAUACAAGUAUGGAAUAUGCCCGUAAAGUAAAGUCACGCAUAGAGAAAACAACUUUGGGAGAAAUUUCCUCUUAUAUAGAGGAGGUUUACAAGCCGGAUGAUUGUUAUUUAGUAGUACGUUUAGAUUUGAAUCGUAUUAAAGUUUUGGGCUUGGAAAUAAAUGCUGAAACUAUAAGAUAUUCAAUUUGCACUUCAAAAUUACGCAUUAAACCUGCCUUGGUAGAUAUAAUGGGUUCCUCCAUUAUAAUAGUACGUAUAGACAGUUCCAAACAUGGUGCUGCCUUAAAUGCCGAACUGCAACGUCUCUCUUCUGCCAUACAAAAUGUGGUCGUAGCCGGUUUGCCUCAUAUUUCAAGAGCCGUUAUAGCCAUUGAUGACUCCCGCCUACCGGCCACCUAUAAGUUGUGCAUAGAAGGUGCCGGUCUUAGAGAUGUUAUGGCCACCUAUGGUGUAGUGGGUAAUAAGACUAAAAGUAAUAAUAUUUGGGAAGUAUACAAUACGCUGGGUAUUGAGGCGGCACGCACCACUAUUAUGACAGAAAUUACCGAUGUUAUGGAGGGUCAUGGCAUGAGUGUAGAUCAGAGACAUAUUAUGUUGCUGGCAAGUCAAAUGACUUCUCGAGGUGAAGUGUUGGGUAUAACACGUCAUGGUUUGGCUAAAAUGCGUGAAAGUGUUUUCAAUUUGGCUUCGUUUGAAAAAACUUCAGAUCAUUUAUUCGAUGCCGCCUACUUUGGUCAAACCGAUGCGGUGGAUGGUGUUUCCGAACGCAUUAUAUUGGGUAUGCCUGCUGCUAUAGGCACUGGUCUCUUUAAAUUGAUACACAAUCAUGAGGACACAGAAUUACCGGAAAUACAGCCACCCAUAUUUUCUUCGGUGGCUGCCUAACUUUAAAUUUGUUGUCUUAAGUUAAGUUUUUAUUAAACAGAAAAAAAUUAAAAUAAAAAUAAACAUGAUUUUAAAUGUGUGUUUAAUAUACAUAUGUAUUUUUAAAAUUGGCUUUAUUUCGUUAAAUAUUCAUUUUUUGCGUUUUUUUUUAUAAAUAAAUGUUUAAGGUUCCAUGUUCCAUUGUUUUCAAAUAUCCCCUUUUAAUACAUUUGUUCCAUCAUUUAUAACAUUUGAAAAAUUUUCUAACCAUCCUGGGUUUUUCAAACCUUUUAUUUAAUUU